GUAAAAGUGACGUUCACACUUCCGCAUGUAGACGUCAUCCUACCAACAUGGACGCGGUUGUUGAUGCAAGUGCAGAAAACGCCGUUCAUGGUGAAGACGGUGCUGCUAAACUACAGGACCGACUUCAAAGGCGGCACCAGGCGAGGAUAGAGGACACGGAACGGAGGAAGGAGGCCAAACAGAGCCAGUCUGUCGCCGAGGAGAAGAUCGGAUACUUCUCCAGCACUUUCAACUCGGAGCGGGCUAGCAUCGCGGAGCUGUUGUCCACCUGCUCCGGAGCUGACCGGGCUGCGGCGACCCAGAAACUGGAGGAUGCGACGGUAAAAACGGCCCAACUACAGAAGUUUGUCAACGACAGCGUGUGUUUUCUAACGCAGUACGAGCUGAGGCAAGCCCAGGAUGCUCUUCAGAAGCUCCAAGCCUCCCUCGCCGAGACCAGAGAGGAAGCACUGCCCAAGAAGAAGUUCGCCUUUCGGUCUCGCACCAAAGCUGCGGAGAAAGUCUCGAAACAGGCGACUGAUUCACCUCCAGAUGUUGGCAGAUCGCCAGAUUCAGGAAUCACCAAAACGGAUGGAGCUCCAGCUUCACAGCAGUGUGGCUUCUCCUACAUGAACAACGCGUUUCUAACCAAGACAGCUGAAGAAAUCCUAAACCAAGAUGUGCUGCUGACUCAUCUAUCCAAUUGCAAGGUUCGCCUGUUCGGUUCUCCCAGCACCUUGCAUCUGAAACACAUCGACAGCUGUGAGAUCUUGUGUGGACCUGUGUCUACUUCAGUAUUUGUAGAUAAUUGCAGGAACAGUAUUCUGGCCGUCGCAUGUCAGCAGCUCCGGACCCACAACACCACCGACACCCAGGUGUACCUGCACGUCACCAGUCGAGCCAUUAUAGAAGACUGCAAGGGAGUGAGCUUUGCUCCUCUCUCCUGGUCUUAUCCCACUAUGCAGGAGGACUUUUCUGUGUCCGGCCUAGACCCGGACAGGAACAACUGGAAUCAGGUGGAUGACUUCAACUGGCUUGCUGCAGGAACGCCAUCCCCAAACUGGACUGUCAUCCCAGAGGAGGACAGAAAAACCACCUGGGAUCCUUAGAUUUUAAUAUUUAAGCUUUUCAAUGUUAACUGCAAGGCGUUUACGACUUCCCAGCUCCUUAAAGUGAAACAUUUAUUGCCCGUGUCUUUUCAUCUUCAUCUUUAGUGUCGGAGCUUAAAGCUGCAUAACUGAUUAAAAAGGCUCCAGGUGUAUUGACUUGAAUCAAAAUGGUGAAAGUGUAUACAGCUUUUUAUUAUAUAUGUGCUGGAAAAAAUAAAGUAUAUGGUUCCAUACUUUGAA